AAGAGGGAAGUGUUAAAAAUUAUUUUGUAUUUUAUUGCUAAUAAUGCUAGAAUUAUUUAGAUAUGUUUUCAAACGGAGUUUUAGACAAGUUAUUUAAGAAUUACAAUUAGACUGAAACAUGCAAUUAAUUCCAAAUGAGAAAUAAUGGCUUCAUUCUUGACCGGCACCCCCAUAGUUCUUCAUUGGUUUGGUCUGGUGUUCUGUACGGAACCCAGCAAUAUUAUGAGGAAGUGAAGGGCGGUGGUUGAGAAAAAGAACGGCACAGGGCUAGCUGACGGUUUUCUGGAAGUUGUCAGAAACAAAACAUUCACAAUGUCUAGCAAAAGGGCUAAGGGAAAGACCACGAAGAAGCGCCCUCAGCGCGCCACUUCCAAUGUCUUCGCCAUGUUUGACCAGUCCCAGAUUCAGGAGUUUAAGGAGGCCUUCAACAUGAUCGACCAGAACCGAGAUGGGUUUGUCGACAAAGAGGACCUCCACGACAUGCUUGCCUCGCUGGGCAAAAAUCCCAAUGAGGACUACCUGGAGGCCAUGAUGAAUGAAGCUCCUGGGCCCAUCAACUUCACCAUGUUCCUCACCAUGUUUGGAGAGAAGCUCAAUGGCACAGACCCCGAGGAUGUGAUCAGGAAUGCAUUUGCUUGCUUUGAUGAGGAGGGGACAGGUUUCAUCCAGGAAGAUUACCUCAGAGAGCUGCUCACAACAAUGGGUGACCGGUUUACAGAUGAGGAGGUGGAUGAGCUCUUCAGGGAGGCCCCCAUUGACAAGAAGAAUAAUUUCAACUAUGUGGAGUUCACACGCAUCCUAAAGCACGGAGCCAAGGAUAAGGACGAUUAAGGAGCUACACCAGCGUUCUCUCUGUGCCCUCCACCUCUCUGUCGUCAGCUAGAUCACCAUGCUGCAUGUCUCAACUCCAGUUUAAACCCUAUUUUAAACAAACCAAAGCAAUAACUAUCAACACGGUUUGCUGUGAACUUCCAGUAUUGCCAAAUUUACACAUCUUAGAAGAAAAAUCUGAAUAGUGUUGUUUUGUCAUGUAAAGAUGUGAAGUGGCAGCACUUGGAAAGCUCUAAGGAAAUGCAUCUUUGCAAUUCAUGUGAUUGGGUUUAGCUGAGUUUUUACAUUUUCUAAUAUAAACUUUUUAAAUAAAAGCCCUCUAUCAAGUUGUAUUUUGCUGUUUCCCUUCCAUAAAUGACAACUGAAAUAAG